AUGAAUAUGUUUUUUAAUUACUUUAUACUAAGUACAAUUAUUGUUGCUUCUUUUGGUCAAUAUGCAGCUAAUUAUAGGCAAAGUGCUUAUAUUCCAAAAGGUCCAGGACCUGUAAUUGGACAACAACCAGUUGGAGAUGGUGUAUCUCCUGGUAGUGUUGUUUCUCCUGGUACUGGAAUACCUCAAAUGGGUCCAGGACCUGUUAUACCACAAUAUCCAUAUAGUCAACCAUCUUAUCCUGCUGGAAAUCCAAUACCAAGUUCUCCAAUCUCAUGUGGUAUUCCUCCAUGUCCUACACAAGUAAUUUCAAUAACAUGUACAAUUCCACCAUGUCCUGCUCCAGCUCCAGCACCAAUUCCUGAACCAGUUCCAGUACCAGAACCUGCUCCAAUUCCAGCUUGUUCAUUACCACCAUGUCCACCUCCAGCACCAGUACCAGUUGCUGUACCUGCUCCAAUUCCUACAUGUGCUAUACCACCAUGUCAAGCUCCAGCACCAGUUCCAGUUGCUGUACCAUCUCCAUUCCCUGCAUGUGGAAUUCCACCAUGUCCACAAAUAUAUCAACCAAUGCCAAUUCUUCAACCAUCUCCAGUUAUUAUUCCACAAGCACCAUGUAGUGUUCCACCUUGUGGAGUUUAUGAAAGAUUAGUUCCAUCUUCAUAUCCUUAUGUCUUUCCAAGAUAUACAUCUUUUCUUCAAGGAACAUUUGGUUAUGGUUCUAAGAAAGAAAAAACACUUACAAAAAAGAUAAGUGAAAAGGAGUUCAAUUAA